UCAGUCAUUCCCAAGAUGGCGGACCUACUGGGCUCCAUCCUGAGCUCCAUGGAGAAGCCACCCAGCCUCGGCGACCAGGAAAGUCGGCGCAAGGCCCGAGAGCAGGCCGCCCGCCUGAAGAAACUCCAAGAGCAAGACAAACAGCAGAAAGUGGAAUUUCGUAAAAGGAUGGAGAAAGAGGUGUCUGAUUUCAUCCAGGACAGCGGACAGAUCAAGAAAAAGUUUCAGCCCAUGAACAAGAUCGAGAGGAGCAUACUCCAUGAUGUGGUAGAGGUAGCUGGCCUCACGUCCUUCUCCUUUGGAGAAGAUGACGACUGUCGCUAUGUCAUGAUCUUCAAAAAGGAGUUUGCACCCUCAGAUGAAGAGCUAGACUCCUACCGUCAUGGAGAGGAGUGGGACCCCCAGAAGGCGGAAGAGAAGCGGAGGCUGAAGGAACUGGCUCAGAAGCAGGAGGCCGAGGCAGCGCAGCAGGGCCCCGCGGUGGUGAGCCCUGCCAGCGACUACAAGGACAAAUACAGCCACCUGAUUGGCAAAGGAGCAGCCAAAGACGCAGCACAUAUGCUACAAGCCAACAAGACUUAUGGCUGUGUGCCCGUGGCCAACAAGCGGGACACACGCUCCAUAGAAGAGGCCAUGAAUGAGAUCCGAGCCAAGAAACGUCUGCGGCAGAGUGGGGAAGAGUUGCCAACUACCUCCUAGGCGUCCCACCUGGCUCACGUUGACCUCCAGCAAGGCAGCGGCAUGGAGAGACAAGGCUGCUGUGAGGACCCACCCUGGAGCCCCACUUCUCAACUGCGAGGUCCUGCCAGCUGCCGCCCAGGCUGGAGAGAAGCAGGUGUUUAU